CCACACUCUGCGCACACACACACGCGCGCGCGCGCGCAGACACACUUGACGAGCAUCUCAUCAGCAUCACUUCAGCACACACUCCACGGAGGAUGGCCGGACACAGGACGCAUCUCUCGGCCAGAAAAGCGGAGAAGGUGUCCUGGAUGAUGUCCUCUUAGAUCGAGAAGACAGAAGACACCGGGACCAUGAUCCGGACCAGUGCGCGCAACAUCGGAACCCAGAGGAAGAAGUGACAAAAGGAGAAAUAUUUGUGAUCAUUUGUGACACAUUCACUCCACUUAGUCCCUUUCGUCUUUGCUUUUUUUCUUCUUUUUGGACCGGGACCAUGGUCCGGACUUGCUCGAGAGUUCCAACAGAAGGUUAAAGAAGACGAAAAGAAGAAGGUUCUAGAGUACCUGCUGUGUUUAUUGCAGUCGUCGACGAAGAACUGGAGCUCAUCUUAGCGGGACCAUGAUCAGGAUCUUCCCGGACUUUAGCGUACAGGUGACUGCUGCCGGAGGAGGCGGGGGCGGUGGAGGAGGAGGAGGCGGUGGAGGAAUGGUGUCCGGAGCCCCGGUGGGUCGGAUGCCGGUCCCGGGAGCGACCAACGGUACCCCGCAGAGCCUGCAGGGACUUCCGGGCUACCAGCAAAGUGACCCCUACUGGGAGCGGCCGGCCAAUGCGGGCAGCUGUGCCGCCACUCGGCCCAAGACGCUUCACCUGGCCGGCCAGCAGCAUACCUCGUCGCCAUGGCUGCAGGCGCUGAGGAAGGAGAAGUCGCGAGACGCGGCCAGGUCGCGGAGGGGGAAGGAGAACUUUGAGUUUUACGAACUGGCCAAGAUGCUGCCGUUGCCGGGCGCCAUCACCAGUCAGCUGGACAAGGCGUCCAUCAUCCGCCUCACCAUCAGCUACCUGAAGAUGAGGGACUUUGCCAACCAGGGAGACCCACCCUGGAACCUGCGCAUGGAAGGCCCGCCCCCCAACACCUCUGUUAAAGCUAUCGGCAACCAGCGGAGGAGGAGUCCCAGCACCAUUGCCUCGGAGAUCUUUGAGCCUCACCUGGGCAGCCACAUCUUACAGUCUCUGGAUGGUUUUGUAUUUGCACUAAACAAGGAAGGUCGUUUCUUGUACAUCUCUGAGACCGUCUCCAUCUACCUUGGCCUGUCACAGGUAGAGCUGACGGGCAGCAGCGUGUUUGACUACGUCCAUCCCGGUGACCACGUGGAGAUGGCGGAACAACUGGGAAUGAAGCUCCCCCCCGGGCGAGGUGUGUCUCUGUCCCAAGGCGCCCUCAACGAGGACGCCGCCUCCUCUGCUUCGUCCUCGUCGCACUCUGAGACGCCUGAGCCAGUAGAGUCCAGCAGUCCCAGCGUGCUGUCUCCUGACAACUGCCUGGAACGUUCCUUCUUCAUCCGCAUGAAGUCGACGCUCACCAAGAGAGGCGUGCACAUCAAGUCGUCAGGAUACAAGGUGAUCCACGUGACGGGGCGUCUGCGUAUCCGCAUGGCGUUAACGCACAGCCGGGCGGUGCCCAAUCAGAUCAUGGGCAUGGUGGUGGUGGCUCACGCCCUGCCCCCACCCACCCUCAACGAGGUGCGCAUCGACUGUCACAUGUUCGUCACCCGCGUCAACAUGGACCUCAAGAUCGUCUACUGCGAGAACAGGAUCAGCGACUACAUGGACUUAACACCAGUGGACAUCGUAGGAAAGCGCUGCUAUCAGUUCAUCCAUGCUGAGGACGUGGAGGGAAUCAGACAAAGUCACGUGGAUUUGAUGAACAAGGGACAGUGUGUGACCAACUACUACCGCUGGAUCCAGAGGAACGCCGGCUACAUUUGGAUCCAGUCCAGCGCCACCAUCGCCAUCAACGCCAAAAACGCCAGCGAGAAGAAUGUGGUCUGGGUCAACUACGUGCUCAGUAAUCCAGAGUACAAGGACACGCCCAUCGACAUCGGCCAGCUGCCAAACCUUCCUGAGAAGACCCCAGAGUCCUCGGAAUCUUCGGACUCUGACUGCGAGUCCAAAGAAAACUCUGACACCGAAAAGUUGGAGGGGAAGCCCAGCCAAUCAGAACGCAGUGAGGACCCGGAGGCGGAGAGAAGGUGCCAGCAGCACUCCGGUCAAUCACAGUGCUCAUCCGAGCAGGAAGUGAAGCGCCAGGAUGAGAGGGACACUUCCAGCAACCCCGGGACUCCCGACAGCGAUGACAGUCCGGAACCUUCCGACGCUGAGGGGGAGGAGCAUGAGGAGGAUGUAGGGGGUGGGAGCUCCUUGGCGGGGCUGGCUGAUGUGGGCGGGCUUCAAAUCAAAGUGGAACAUUACGGCGAGGCGGAGGACAUGAAUCUUCAUCACUCCCAGUCGUCGUCAGAGGAGGAGGAAGAGGAGGACGAGGAGGAGGAGGAAGACGGCGCCACAAACAAAGUCCACAAGCGGAGGAAGAGGAGGAAAGUUCAGAAGUGGGACAGAACACGCAGCAGGAAGUUGCGUCUGUCCUCGGCCACACCCAGCCCCGUUGCCAUGGGAGACAGUACGCCACUGGUCGACCCCUCCCAAGACCCCUCCCACCUGCUCUCCCCCGCCGCCGACUCCCCAGGCGGCACCGUGUCUUCAGUGCUAAAGAUCAAGACGGAAAUGUCGGAGCCCAUCAACUUCGACAACGACAGCAGCAUCUGGAACUUUCCGCCCAACAGGGAGAUCUCCAGGAACGAAUCUCCUUACAGCAUGACCGCCAAGCCCGCCCCACCAGGACCACACAAGACCUUCCCCUCGCCACCAGGGGGCUCCCUCGCAGUGGCCAUCCCUGACGCGGUCCUCACCCCUCCUGGCACUGAGGGCGGGGCAGGAGGAGGAGCGAGGAAGCCUCCUUACAACGGAAGCUCCGCCCCUUCUUCUGCUUCCAGUCUAGCUCCACCCUCCAGCGCAUCCUCCGCCGACCCCCUGUCGCCCCCUCUGUCAGCGUCUCCUCGGGACAAGCAGCAAGCCACGCCCACAUCCUCCUCCUCCUCUUCCUCGCUGCUUUACUCGGGCGACGUGGAGGCACUGCAGCGUUUGCAGGCCGGGAACGUCGUCCUCCCACUGGUGCACCGUGUCACCGCCUCGCUGGCAUCCACCAGCAGCACGUCGUCGCGUGUCUACACCACCGGGACCAUCCGCUACGCGCCAGCCGAUGUCACACUGGCCAUGGCGCCGGGAAAUCUCCUUCCCAACACGUCCGUCAACUUUGUGGACAGUCCGAGCUUCGGCCUGGACCCCAAGACCCCCAUGGAGAUGCUUUACCACCACGUCCACAGGCUGAACAUGUCUGCUGCCGCCGCCGCCGCCGGGCCCUUCGCCGGCUCCCCGGGAGCCACGAGCGGUACCGGCGCCCUGUCAGCUCAGAUGCCCGCGGCGGCUAACGUCUUCACCACGGCCGAAGGACUUUUCUCCACGCUGCCAUUUCCUGUCUACAGCAAUGGCAUCCACGCCACGCAAGGCGGCGCCGAGAGGAAGGAGGACUAACGCAAGCGCUGGGAGACCGCCUUACUGUGUUUUCGGACUCCACUGUGAGGGUCGGCGAAAGGUUCUGUAGCACUUUGAACUUUUUCUAACCUCGCUUCUUUUUCCCACCGUCGGUUUACGUGAAGACUUCCUGCGGCCACAGAGACGUCGCCGCCAGACGCUGGCCAGGAUAAUCUUUCAAAAAAAAGUUUAAAACAUCUUUUCUUUUAUGAAGAAACUUCAAAAUAAAAAGCUACUAGCGAAUGUCGAACUCGUUCAAGCCUCAUCAUCCCGCCGUCCAUCUUGGAGUUUACAUGACGACACACUCGUGGUGCUAGCGACUGUGCGGGGGCGCGUUCACGACAAGGUGGCAUCCAUGAGAGGCUAAUGAGCUAGCAUGGCUAAGUUGACAAAUGAAUGUCAAAGACUUGGACUGUCUUCUUCCCGCUUCCCAAGCCGGACUCUUCUUCGCCAUCCCGGAGGAAGACAGUCCACUCUGUUCCAUCCCAUCGCCGGACUCCAGUCCUGAACACACGACGAGCGCUCAAAGGCGGCCGUCCUUCUUGCCAAAAAAAAAAGAAAAAACAAAAAUGUGCACUGUGAAUCUGCGUCAUUUGUAUUUUUUGACAAAACAAUAAUUUUGCAGAUGGUAAAAGUCGUGUUUGGUGUCGCCACUUCCUGUGUGUGUUGACUAUAUGCAGUCGUUACCGUCGCUACGUGUCCCGUGUCUUCUCUGUGCUCUUUGUGGGGGAGGUCGGAGGCAGGGCUUACGGACUUGGGGCGGGACCUGUGUGACUGAACCCCUCCUACCGUGCCGCUGGCCCUGCGUCCGCCAUCACUCUCUGCCGUCGUCGUGAAUCAGUGGAGGUUUGUCGUGCAGGAAGUUACAAAAAAAUGAAAACAUUUGUAGAGUUCUUCUUCUUCUUUGGUUUUACUUCUACUCUGCUUUGCUUUGUCGUGUUGCUAACAGCUGCCUUCUGCUAACCAGCUCAAAGCUCAGCGCCGCCAAACAUGCUGGGAGUGUUUUUCCAGCAUGCUUUGCAGCUUCCUGUGUGUGCAUUGGGUGUAUUUCAGUGGUUCCCGCCAAAAUAAAGCAAGUUGAAGCAGGAAUUUUGAAGCUUUCUAAAGAAACGAAAAGAACAAAAAAACAUUUCGCACUAUAAAUCUAUUUUUCUAGCUGUUUUGGAAAAGUAACGUUUCACGUGACUGUGCCCGCAUCUUUUGUUUGACCUAGUCUGUCUUUUCAAAAUAAAAGUCAGGAUGUAAUUACUUCUCGGUUGAAUAUGACAAACACAAAAAGUCACAUGACGAUAAUCACCGCUAGCCAGCUAGCGUAACGAUUGGCGCCAGGUUUAGCCUUUUCUAGCGUUAGCGUUAGCAUCAGCAGCAACCAGGAAAUACACCCACAUGUAGCGAGAAGCUUUGUGUGUUUUUUCUGUGUAAAAAGUAAACUUUGAAGGACUUGAAUCACAGCUGCUGUCCGUCGUGUUCAUUGAUGAUGAUCAUUUAACUGUGAACAAACUGUGUCUGUGUUCUUUCUUGUACAAUUAUUACAGGUUCUUUUAUGAGAAUCAGUGUUAACAGUGUUAUUAAAGUCUAAAUACAGCAAAUGAAAAGAGUCAAAAAGAGAAAACUAUGGUACAUUUCUAUUUUUUUCCUCCUAGAAGAGGAGAAACACACGACGCUAACUGAUGCUAACUUUGAGUGCCUGCCUUCUGUUGAAUUCUUUUUACUUUUCCCUUUUCUUUCAGAAGACAUUCUUGAGUUGGUUUAUCAUAAAAAUGCUGCAAACCUGAAAGUGUACAAAGGUCAUUUUUAUAACGGUUGUUCUUUUCUACGUUGACUAAGUUGUCAUCCCGUCACAAGAAGACGCAAGCUGUCUUUCUGUAACACCUUACAGCUGCCAUGUUCAUAAUAAAACUA